AUGGCAACUACCGACUCGUCAACAGCGUCGUCCGAGUCCAAACACGUCGACUUGGAGAAAAACCCGAGCACCGGCGAAGCUCGCCCAGAGCCAGAGAUUCGACAUGGCAGCGUCACUCCCGCUUUCGAGGUUGCCAGAGCAAGACACAUACAGAAUGCCCUUGCACCUCUCCGCUUCUUGGGCAGAGGAGAGAUCUGGUUGGACAAAAAGUUGGGGAUCGAGACUCAGGGCAUCGAUCGCAUACCAGAGGAAGAAAAGCGGCCGCCGCAUUUGAUCAAUACAUUCCUCAUGUGGUGGUCGAUGACUUGCCAUGUUGGCGCACUUCCUCUGGGUUUCCUUGGACCAGAGCUUGGAUUGACUCUUCCAGACUCGUGUGCCGCUAUUGUCGUUGGCACUUUUCUAGGGGCACUUUGUACUGCAUACACAGGGACCCUCGGGCCGAAGACUGGGCUUCGAGCAAUCGCAACAUGUCGAUACUCAUUUGGCUUCUGGGGAGCGAAGCUGUGCAGUGUCUUGAAUGUUGUGAUCGGUGGCGGUUUCGCGGUCGUCAACGUCGUCAUUACCGGACAGAUGCUCAGUGCAGUGUCAGAUUUCACGAUGACGGUGACUGUUGGCUGUGUGAUCGUGGCCGUUAUAUCCUACGUUGUCUCUGUCUUCGGCUUCUCCAUUAUCCAUACAUUCGAGAAGUACAGCUGGGUUGCAUCAUUCAUCCUCCUGCUAGUCUUGGUCGGCCAAGCAGCGCCACAUGUUGAACCAUCAGCUCCAGGAUUCGGCUCUGGCCUUGGGUAUGCAGGCUCCUGGCUCAGUUUCAUGGCCAUCAGUUUCUCCAACGCUAGUGGCUGGUGCUCUAUGGCUGCUGACUAUUAUUGCAAUUAUCCUGCAAAGACAAAAUCAUGGAAAGUCUACAGUCUGACACUAGCUGGAGUCACGAUCCCAACCACCUUUGCCAUCGUUGUCGGAGCAUGUAUGGGUAAUGCGGCUAUAACCCGCGCCUAUCCGCCGUACAGUACCGCCUAUGAGGAGCAUGGUCUGGGAGGAUUGCUGAGGGAGAUCUAUCACCCCUUGGGAUGGUCGAAAUUUUGUCUUGUCAUCUUAACAUUCAGCGUUCUAGGCAACAAUAUUGCGAUCAACUACUCAUCAGGGCUCUCACUGCAACUGCUAGGUCAUUACUUCCAUGCCGUGCCUCGUUUCGUCUGGUCGUUCCUUGUCGCACUGGUGGUUGCGAUUCUAGCCAUUGUCGGCAAAGACCACCUAUCCACCAUUGUAUCGAACUUCGUGUCCUUGUUGGGCUACUGGACAAUUUCUUGGACCCUGAUCCUUCUCGUUGAAGACCAGUGGUUCCGGAAGCGAUCCGGAGAGGGCUAUGAUCUAGAAGCCUGGGAUAAUCCCAAAAAGCUUCCUUGGGGUCUUGCAGCAGUCACCUCUCUUCUAGCUGGCUAUCUCGCUGGCGGUUUGCCGGGCAUGGCUCAGGUCUGGUAUGUUGGACCAAUAGCCGCCAAGUUUGGACCUUAUGGUGGUGAUGUCGGUGUUUACAUGUCUGGUGCCAUCACCUUGCUUGUUUAUCCACCACUGAGAUGGUACGAAAGGAAGAUGACUGGAAGAUAG